GUGAAAGAUUCUCAGUUGGCAUACGGACCAGCACAAAUAGUAGUCGAGAAAAUUUCCUAAAUUUUUUUUUACAUUUAGAGAAUUUUUCAUACAUACCAGUUAUUGUGUUAUAAUUGUGCAUAAGAAUUAAUUAAAAUGCCCGAGAUCGGCAAGAAAAUUAACGAGUUGCGUGUCUGCGAUUUAAAAGAAGAGCUUGAAAAGCGCAAGCUGGAAACUGUGGGUCCAAAGGCAGUGCUAAUCGAACGUCUUGAAAGGGCACUAAAAGAGGAGGGCGUCGACCCAAACACACAUUUGAUUGAUGCGGCUGCUAAGCCAAAGCCCGUGCCGGUACCAAUGGCAGAAUCCACAACCGAGAUUAAAAUCAAGGAGGAACCAGUUGAGGAGGAGGAACCCCAGGAAGUAGGUAAUGAAUUCGAUGGAAAUGGGGAUGAGGAAGACAGUGCUCAUCACGCCGACGAGGACGGUCAUGAAAUAGACCAAGUUGGCGAUGUGGACGAUGUAUGCGUUAUAUUAGAUGACGACGAAGAAGAGGGAGCAGAGGCUAUUGAUCAAUCGAAGAAUGGCACUGUGGAUGCCAAAGAAGAAGCAGCCGAAGAGGCCGAAGGUGAGCCUGCUGGCGACGAGGAGAUGCAGGAGGAGAAUACAGGCGACACUGUAAACAUGGAUAAUGACGAGUCCAUUAAUUUGACAAUUGGCGAAGAAGAACAGAAACUUUUACACGAUGAGGCCCCUGACGAUAAGUCUAUUAAGUCGGUAAAACCGGCAAAUAAAACCGAUAAAUUGGGUGCUGCUAAGGACGGAGAUAAAAAGAUUCACAAGGAUGAUGAGAGCGCUCGUUCAAAGAAGAAGGAUGACAAAUCCACUGAUAAAAAGGAUUCUAGUGACCAAAAAUCGGUUUCCAAAUCGUCGAACCAAAAAGACGAUAAAGGACAAUCUGACUUGCAUUCCUUUGAAAUAUGUCUAAUAUAUUAUACUUUACUCUUUUCAUCUUUCCCCACUUGCCACUCCAGGAUUAUGGAAUCACGCGAUGAUCCCGUUAAGCGUUCGCUAAGCAAGCGCUCUGAUGAUCGCUACACCGAUGUACCCGACCGCAAGCGCUCCGCGGUCUUUGAUGCUCCACCACCGCCACGUUUUGACACGUCUUUGGUUAGCUCACGCAACACUAGUACUUAUGACAAGAAACAUGAUGAUUAUGGCACCUCGUCGGCCUCCAAGCGUGGACUUGAUGACUAUUCGAGCUCCAAGCGACUUGAAUAUUCCUCAAACAAACGCAGCGAUUACGGCAGCUCCACUGGUACCAAGCGUGGUGCCAUCGAUGACUACGCUGCGGUGCCGAGCAAGCGCUCUGGCAAUGAUUAUGGCACAAGCUCCAAGCAUGAUUACUCGUCGUCCACCACCAGCAAGCGUGAUGAUUACAAGCGCGACGUAGAGGUUCGCCACUUGCCAGUCUCAUCAGGCGGUGUUAGCACUGGUGGUUCGAGCAGCUCAUAUGUUCACAAGAGCACCACGGGCGGCGGUGCCGGCUCAUAUGUGCACAAGAACAACACUAGCAACGUUACCGCCUCAUAUGGUCACAAGAACAACACAAGUGGAGGAACUGGUGGUGGGAGUGGUCGCUACAAUGAUGCCGACCGUAGCAACACCUCUAACUACAGACGUGGCGGUGUCGACGACAUGUCACAUAGCAACAAGCGUUAUGAUAACUCGACCAGCGGUGGAACAACCAGUGGCUAUGGCAGCAACUCGAACAACGUUAACAUAUGGGCACCAUCCAGUGGCGGCAGUGGCAGCGCUCACUUGGGAGGUGGCGGAGGCCCAUUGAAAUCUUACAGCAACAAUGGAAUGUCAUCAAACAUGCAUGGCAAUAAUUCGUGGCAAAAGUCGGCCACCAUCGAUGACAACUGGCGUCCAAUGCAGACACAGAGCCGUUUUGAUCGCAGCUACAACGAACGCUCCAGUGGCUACCAAGGCAACAGCGGAGCUGGCGGAAUGUAUGGCGGUAGUCGCCCGGCACAGGACCGCUAUGGCGGCCAGGUGACACGCUAUUAGCUUGCUCUGCUAGCACACACAUUUAAUGAGCCAACUGAUAAUCCUGUCAACGCACUAUCCCAACAAACUUGAUGAUUUUUCCUUGAACGCUUUUGGCGUUUAUGUUAAUUUCUAUUAGUUGUAUUGACUUAGCAUCUAAAACUAUAUUAAAUAUCAUUAGAUAUAUAAUUUA